CAGCUCUACACCUGUUAGACUAGAUGGUACUCAUACAGGAGACACAGCUCUACACCUGUUAGACUAGAUAGUACUCAUACAGGAGACACAGCUCUACACCUGUUAGACUAGAUAGUACUCAUACAGGUCAGACGUGUUCUCUUCUCUCCUCGUCCAGGUCCCUCGCUCCAAGUGGGAGAAGGAGGACUACGAAUCAGAGGAAGAGGAAGGAGGAGGGGUCAGGGUUCAACUCCGCCCCCUGCUCACCCCCUCCCUCCCUUUCCCCCCUGGACCCCACAUCACCGUGACGACGGAGACGGAGGCAGCGCGAAGGAAAGAGAGGGACUGUAUUUUUCCCAAGCCAGAGAGAACUAUGUCCCCCUCUAGUGGCAGAGCCAGAGAAGACGGCCUGCAGGAUGGAAAACACUCCGGAGACCCCAUCCCUUCUGAGAAAGACGGAGAGACGGAGAGAGAGAGAGAUCAGUUAAAGGAAAAGGAGCAGGAGAAGGAUAAAGAACGGGACAGAGAGCGGGGGAAAGAGAGAGAAAGAGAGAGGGAACACAGCCGUGCUUCUGACAAAGAUAUGGACAGACCGAGAAAGAUUCCCUCUUCCUCUCAGCGGCCGGAGAGGAGAGAGAGAGAAGGAGAGAGGACUGGGGAGAGAGGGAUUGACUACAUCAGUGAGAAGAGCUCCUCUCAGCGGCCGGAGAGGAGAGAGAGAGAAGGAGAGAGAGGGAUCGACCACAUCGGUGAGAAGAGCUCCUCUCAGCGGCCGGAGAGGAGAGAGAGAGAAGGAGAGAGAGGGAUCGACCACACCAGUGAGAAGAGCUCCUCUCAGCGGCCGGAGCGAGAGAGAAGAGAGAGAGGAGGAGAGAGGACUGGGGAGAGAGGGAUCGACCACACCAGUGAGAAGAGCUCCUCUCAGCGGCCGGAGAGGAGAGAGAGAGAAGGAGAGAGGACUGGGGAGAGAGGGAUCGACCACACCAGUGAGAAGAGCUCCUCUCAGCGGCCGGAGAGGAGAGAGAGAGAAGGAGAGAGGACUGGGGAGAGAGGGAUCGACCACACCAGUGAGAAGAGCUCCUCUCAGCGACCGGAGAGGAGAGAGAGAGAAGGAGAGAGAACUGGGGAGAGAGGGAUCGACCACAUCGGUGAGAAGAGCUCCUCUCAGCGGCCGGAGCGAGAGAGGAGAGAGAGAGAAGGAGAGAGGACUGGGGAGAGAGGGAUCGAUCACAUCAGUGAGAAGAGCUCUCAUCGGCCGGAGCGAGAGAGAAGAGAGAGAGGAGGAGAGAGGACUGGGGAGAGAGGGAGCGACCACAGCAGUGAGAAGAGCUCCUCUUCCUCCUCACACUCUUACUCACGAGAUCGUAAACCUUUUUCUUCUUCCAGGGACCACAAAGCGACCUCUGACCCCAGAGCCAGGGAGCACAGAGACCACAAACAUAAAGACCACAACGACCAGAAAUCCUCCACCGUUGACCGUAACACCAACUCUACUGACCGUAGACCACUAGACGACCAGGAGACCAGCAGAGAACACAGACCGCCUCACCCCAAACACAAAGACCACAGAGAGCAAGGCAGUGCCUCUCCCGUCUCCAAGAGAGCCCCACCCCCAUCGGACCCCUCCUCCAGCACCCAGAGAUCUCAGGGAAGCUCUGAGCCCACCAGACCUAGCGAAAGCAGCCCUGGCAGGGACACGGAGCAGGACAGAUACCCCUCUCCUCAGGUCUACAUCUCCGUGGAGAACCAGCCCGGGAGGGGGAAGGCUGAGGGAGAAGAGCCCAGAGUAGAGCGCUCCUCAGCGGGGAGACAGAGCCAGCAGGCCAGCCUAGGAAACCUGGAGAAGGAGAUGAGUGGUGGAAAACCCCACCAACACCCAGCCUCACUCUUACAGCCCCCCAGGACUGACAACAGGGCAGGGGUGCCCCGAGCUGUCAGAGAGAGAGAGAGAAAGAAAGAGAGAGAGAGGCAGAUGCAAAAGAUGAGGGAGAAGAUGGAGAAGGAGAGAGAUGAGGAGGGAGAUAAAGAUGUCAAUAGGGAGAAGGAGAGAGAGAGAGGGGAGGAGAGAGAGAGAGGGGUUGAUAGAGAGAAGGAGAGAGAGAGAGGGGUCGAUAGGGAGAAGGAGAAAGAGAGGGAAAACCCUAAAGUCAGACCCCCUCCCUCGGUUCCUUCUUCCAGACCCCCUCCCUCGGUCCCUUCUUCCAGACCUCCUCCCUCGGUCCCUUCUUCCAGACCUCCUCCCUCGGUCCCUUCUUCCAAACCUCCUCCCUCGGUCCCUUCUUCCAGACCUCCUCCCUCGGUCCCUUCUUCCAGACCUCCUCCCUCGGUCCCUUCUUCCAGACCUCCUCCCUCGGUCCCUUCUUCCAGACCUCCUCCUGACCUGGUCAGAGAGACUGAUGAGGCCUUCGAACCUGACUACAGCGAGGGAGAGAUCUCAGAGGGGGAGGAGGAAGGAGAGAGAGCGCUGGAGGGAGAGAGAGCGCUGGAGGGAGAGAGAGCGCUGGAGGGAGAGAGAGCGCUGGAGGGAGAGAGAGCGCUGGAGGGAGAGAGAGCGCUGGAGGGAGAGAGAGCGCUGGAGGGAGAGAGAGCGCUGGAGGGAGAGAGAGCGCAGGAGGGAGAGAGAGCGCAGGAGGGAGAGAGAGCGGAGCAUGGGGGUGGCAGCGGCAGAAGUCGUAGCAGCAGCGCCAGCUCUGUCGGUAGCCCGGGCAACAAGAAAGACAAGAAGAAGAAAGAUAGAAAAGAGAAGAAGAAACAGAAGAAGAAGAAGAAGAAGAAAGAUAGAAAGCAGAAGAGACAGGGGAGCCUGGACGCUGAGGAGGGAGAGAUCACGGGACUGAAACACAAACACAAGAAGAAGAACAAGGAGAAAGAGGACAAUGAGAGAGAAGACGAAGAGGAGGAGGAAGAGGAGAAGACCAAAUGGCUCGCGUAGCCUUCUGAGACGUUUUCGUUGUGAAGCGUGUUCGUCACGUUUCAGCCCAAGGCUCCUGGCCCCUAAAACCUUAUUCCCUAACUAGUGCACGACUUAAGGACAAGCCUCGUGUACUAAGAAGGGAAUUCGGGUGCCAUUUUUGGAGGAAAGAGACUUGUUUUUCUUCCCUCCUGUCAGUGAACAGAAAGGUCCUCAGAGAGGCAUCACACAUAGCCUGUGUUCCAAAUGCCUCUUCCCUAUAUAGGGCCCCUAUGUAGGGAACGUGGCUGUCGUUUGUGACGGGACACCCCCGUAGUGGAGAUCGUAAAGAGGACUUAAACCGCUCUGCUCUGCAAGCUUGUUCACUCUAGUUCAACACUUUAACUAAGGGGGAUGUUUUUUUUUUUUUUUUUGCUGAGGAUUUGAAAUAAUUUAAUGAAUUUAAAGGCUGAUGUAUAAGAUAAAUAUAUAAUUUUUUCUUUAUAGACUCUGCUCAACAGAGGCUGUUUGCUUGAAUGAUGCUUCGAACUUUUGAUUUCUAUUUUUUUUUGUGUGUUUAAAAAUAAAUAAAAGGAUGUAAUUGCUAAACCUUGGUUUGUCCCUCCAGUCCCCCCGUCCACCCCACCCACCCCCCAGGUCUUCAUUGAAGAGUUUCUACGACCUGGGAUGUAUCCCAUAUAGCAACCAGUUCCCUAUGUAGUGGACUAUAUACAGAAUAGUGAACCGUUAUGGACACACACACACACAUAUAUACCAUCUUAUUAGAUAUGUAUUCUAGAGUGAAAACACCAUCUUUUCAUAUCAGAUAUACAUUCUCUAGAGUGAAAAUAGCAUCUAUAUACAUUCUCUAGAGUGAAAACGUGUAGGAGGAGGACAGAAAGCACUAUGGAGAUGUUAAUGAAUGUUACUCUGCUGUCUACAGACUGAGCUAGACUGACCUAGAGGUAGUUGUGGGUCUAUAUUACUACUCUGCUGUCAACAGACUGAGCUAGACUGACCUAGUUGUGGGUCUAUAUUACUCUGCUGUCUACAGACUGACCUAGAGGUAGUUGUGGGUCUAUAUUACUCUGCUGUCUACAGACUGAGCUAGACUGACCUAGAGGUAGUUGUGUGUCUAUAUUACUCUGCUGUCUACAGACUGAGCUAGACUGACCUAGAGGUAGUUGUGGGUCUAUAUUACUCUGCUGUCUACAGACUGAGCUAGACUGACCUAGAGGUAGUUGUGGGUCUAUAUUACUACUCUGCUGUCUACAGACUGAGCUAGACUGACCUAGAGGUAGUUGUGGGUCUAUAUUACUACUCUGCUGUCUACAGACUGAGCUAGACUGACCUAGAGGUAGUUGUGGGUCUAUAUUACUCUGCUGUCUACAGACUGAGCUAGACUGACCUAGAGGUAGUUGUGGGUCUAUAUUACUCUGCUGUCUACAGACUGAGCUAGACUGACCUAGAGGUAGUUGUGGGUCUAUAUUACUCUGCUGUCUACAGACUGAGCUAGACUGACCUAGAGGUAGUUGUGGGUCUAUAUUACUACUCUGCUGUCAACAGACUGAGCUAGACUGACUUAGUUGUGGGUCUAUAUUACUCUGCUGUCUACAGACUGAGCUAGACUGACCUAGAGGUAGUUGUGGGUCUACAUUUUGCAAAAGUACUUCCCAAAAUUCACCAGAUUUCCAGAAAUCCCAGGUUGUAGGAUUCCCAGAUUUCCCUUCUUGAUUUUAGGAAUCUAGGAUUAAAAUAAAUAUAUAUAUAAAAAUACGUUUCUAGAGUUCAACCCUAGAGGUAGUGGGGGGGGGGGGGGGCAUGUCUUAUGGCACCUGCAUUAAUUAUAUUUACCCAGUUAUGACAGUCUGUGAAUAUUGUUAGUUGAGCUGGACCGGGGGUAGAGAUGCACUGGAUGGUCUUACAUAUUGGAUUUAAAAGGUUCGAUGCAUUGCACUGUGAAGAUUCAUCAAUCUGUUACUUGGUUUUCUGCAAUGACCUCUGUUUAAUUUAAACUACCAGCUGAAUGAAUACCGGAGGGAAUUUUUUUGUUUUUCCCCCUCUCUUGUUUUGAAGAUAAUAAUUAAAAGAUUCUGCA